AAGAAAAACACAGGCACACACGCAUAAAUUCUCUCACUGUCCUUCAUUUUCUUUCUUCUUCACUGUAAUAUUUUUUCUUCAAUGUCUGUAAUUACAUAUUCUUUUCCUGUUAGUCUCCCUUUUAAAACAUCGAAACCACAUGUGAACAAGAUCGUGAUGCUUCAAAACAACCAAGUUCCUUGUAAGAAAUCACCGGAAAUUCAGAUCAGUGGUUUCUCCAACAACAAUAAGGUUUUUGAGGAUAAAGCUUUGGGUGUAAUAUGUUACAGAGAUGAUAAUGGUGAAAUAGUUUGUGAAGGGUAUGAUGAAGGUCCUCGUUUCAUUUCUCCUACUCUUUUUCAUCAUAGAGAUGCAGAGAUCCUUGAUCUUCUUCAAGAAAGAUGGAUUCAAAUUGUUAAUAGUGGAGGCUUCAAAAACCCUAAAAAUGGGGUUUCAAACUUCAAGGGGAAUGGUUUUAACAAAUUCCUUUAGUAAAAACCCUAGCUCUUAUAUAUAUACACAUAUUUGUAUGCAUAUUAUAUAGCAAAAAAAAAAACCAACUCUGUUAUAUAUAUAUAUUUGUGCAUAUCAUAUGGGACACGGAUAUUCCAUAAAAAAAAAAUAAAAAAGAUUGGAGAAUUAAAGCUAAGAGCUCCUUUUGAGGUUGAAUGUAUGAUCUUCAACAUUGGAUUAGGAGAAAAAAAAACCUCGAAUUCAAUUUGUUUGCUAAUUAUUUGAGUCGAGCUCUAGCAAUUCAAACUAUCAAUCAAACCGGGAUUUGAGUAUCGUAAUACUAGAUUCAAUUAGAUUGAGAGCUUAAUUGAACUUUUCAUUUUAAUAUAUUUUUGUGUUAUGAAA